GCGAAGCCAGCCAGUCCUCCCUUUCCGCUGAAUUCCUGUCGCUGACCUUCAAUUGAGGCCUUUGACAGCCGGACUGUCUCAUCAUGGGCUUGAAAACCGCGAACUGUGUGGCCCAUGCCAUGCAGUCUCUCCAAUCCACAGCCUAUCUUCGAGCAUCCAUCUCCCAACGCUUAGCGGCCCCUACAUAUGUCGUCCCCGGAACUUCUAUAUCGACGCGCAUGCAAUGGCAUGGAGGUGCCCGUGGCUAUGCUACCGAAUCUCAACAGCCCGCGCAGACCGCUGCCCCGGAAAUUGACUUCGUAAAGCUUGAAAAUAGGCCCGUACGAGUUAUUCCCGCAUCACCCUCCUAUUUCUCCGGCAGUCCAAAAUUCUUCGACCACUUAUUGAGACUUGAGAGCCUUUUGGCAAAAUAUGCGACAUUACCGACGGUGCCUGCCGGCGAGGCUCCUAGAAUGGCUUGGUUGAAGUUACCGGGGUUCCGAGAAUUCGUUGGCGAACAGGUUCCUACGAAGAAAUACAAAGGCCUACUCCAAAUUUUGCAGCGGUUAAAUCGGAUUGAACCCAACGUCUUGCCCGACGAGGUUCGCCUCGCGUUAAAAGAUUUCCUUCGUCCAGGAAAUCCGUAUGCCAUGCAGGCCGCGCCACCUACUGUGGAUGAAUUGGGUCGUGCUCGUGGAAAAGGAAAGCGUAAGUCGUCUUCUGCAGUAGUGCAACUGGUAGAAGGCGAUGGGGAGGUUUUGGUGAACGGAAAGGGUUUAGUCGAGGCGUUCCCUCGAGUGCAUGACCGGGAGAGCGCGACAUGGGCCCUUAGGAGUUCAUCCAGGCUAGACAAGUACAACGUGUGGGCUACGGUUAGCGGCGGCGGUACAACCGGACAGGCUGAAGCUGUCGCCUUGGCGCUUGGGCGGGCAUUGAUGGUACACGAGCCUGCAUUGAAGCCCAUCUUGCGAAGAGCCGGCGUUAUUACCGUGGAUGCUCGACGUGUGGAGAGAAAGAAGCCUGGCCACCUCAAGGCACGUAAGGCUCCCACAUGGGUCAAGCGAUGAGGCACUGUUGCGGACAGUCAUGUGUUUAUAUCCCUUUCUUACUUCCUUUCAUUCACAUACUGUAUUAUUUGACUUUCGGCGAAGGCAUAUCAUUUGCUCUUUUCUCUCAAUUUGGCGUCAUGGUGUCGUUUCUAGGUACGACGACACUACAUGUUCGCGGCGACCCGCAUGUAACUAUUGGCGUUCCUUCUGUCUGAUCAAGUCAACUGAAGAUAGUGUAGAAUUUGUACGACCAGAAUUUGCCGUGAUUAAUUUGAGUGAUGACCCUGUAUAGGUGUCUGGUUUUCAGCAUCUUUCCCUCGCAACGAGGAUUUCAGUGACUCGGCCAUCCACCAAGCUUGACAAGCGAAGAAAAAA